AUGAUGCGAAAAAUGAAUCAAUACCAGAGUGAAAAUUCAACUUCUAAACCUGUGGCUUCAGACAAUGCAAAUAAUUCAACCAAUUUAAAUUCGCCAUCUGCUGCGAUGGGAACAAUGAAUUUCGCACAACCGCAAGUAUUCGAUGACACAGUAUCUAGAAAUAUAAGGAUGAGACUGGACUACAAGAAAUCAUUCCAGGAUGAUCCAGAAUUCUAUCCGGAGUUCACAAAUUAUCCAUCCUUUCCCGUUGUUCCUGAUAAUAUGAUGAAUAUUUUAUAUGGGAAUAACGCAAACGAUAGUAUCAAUAAUAUUCCAUUACAAAACGGACUAAACCAUACAGCAUCAAUGGAUUUGGACUCAUUUGGUAGCAGCAACAUGAAUCCCGUUUUCAAAUCAAAUACUUCAGCGCCCAUCACCAGCAACAAUGUAAUCAAUAGCAUCAAUAAUAUAACAAACAUAUUAUUCAAUAAACAACAACAACAGCAACAGCAGCAACAAAACUCAAAACAUAUCGAUUCCCAUAAGGACUUACUCUCCCUAUUAGCACAUAAAAAUAUGGAGAAACAAAAUUUUCAAACUAAAAGGAUGAAUUACCAUCAAACACAUGGUGGCGACCCAUAUUUAAUGAAUUAA